AUGUCAGCAACUGCAGAUAUAAAGCCUCAUUAUGAUCAAUUAAGUAGCAAUAGCAGUCAUGCAACUGUUUCUGAUGAAGAUAUUAUUGCUUCACGUUCAUCAGACCCAUCGGAAACUGUAAACGAUCAGAAUUCAAAUGAGAUUGUUGACGACGACGAUGAUUAUUAUGCUCAAUUUGAUUGGCCCGAUGAUGAAGCCAAAGAUUUCCUAGAAUCCUCUGAUGAUGAAAAUGAUGAAAUCUAUCUUGGGAAACAUCUAAACAGUAAACAAAUGACUCAAUUCGAUAAAAUGGACCAAACGCCGUAUCAACGUUCGAAACGUUCGGAUAAGAAACUCAAAGCACAAUGUCAGAUCAAAACUAAGCAUGCUAAAUCAAUUCGAUACAAUUCGCACAAUAAACAAUUAUAUAUGCAUCAUCGAUUGUUCAAACGCGUUCAGUUAGAUCCACCAUCAUAUCAUUUUCUCUCUUCGCCUCCACCGCGGUCUAUAGAAACGAUCAAACCUGACCGUUACGAACGAAACGAUCCGAACAAAACGAAGCCAGUCGCACCUGUUGUUCAUCCUUCAAAUCAAUUCCGCGAAUAUACCAUCCAUGAAAAUAACAUUCCCAACGAGCCUGCAUUCGACGAUGCCAUGAUUGCGUUUCUUCUCGAUAUGCAAAAUCGUGAUCUUUCACCGAAUGACUAUGAAAUGUUAUUACGACUUGACGAACGUGUACAACGUAAAACUGUAGAUAAAAAUGUUCUAAACAACCUUCAAACAGUCAACGUCGACGACACACAUUUGAAUGAGCAAUGCACAAUUUGUAUGGAAACUUAUCUACUUGGACAAAAAUUAAAAAUAUUACCAUGCAAACAUAUGUUCCAUCUCAAUUGCAUUGAAACGUAUCUCAAAGAAUUUUCUACUCAAUGUCCAUUAGAUAAUAUGCCGCUAGCAUGA